GUAUCGGUAAGCGGGUGGGGCCUCUGACUUCUUAAUCCGGGCCUGACUACUUGGUUUUCUGUUGCUUUGAAACAUUAGUAAAGUAUUUUAAAAAAGGAAGAUAUUUGAAGAAGAGUUGCUUAGUAGCGUAGGGGCUUUAUUUUGAAAAACAUUAGCGGAAAUCGUUUAGUUUAUUCUGUCUGGCUUGGCGCAGUCAUGGGCGCCGUUUAGGAAUGGACAUGGAGUGAGUCCUUCCUCUAGCUGUCUCACUGGGUCUGAGGACGUGAUCAGAGCACGAAGCACAAACGCAUCUGCUAUGGACGUACUGACAGACUGGAAUGGACUAACACUGUGAAGGUAACGUUACGUUUUCUCUGACGUGAGGACUCUUCCUGCUCUGUAUACCAACAUGGGGAACAGGUUAUCAGAUCAUCAUCACUGGCUCUUCCCCUGCCUGCCAUCCUUCCAACCUCUCCACAUUGUCAUCCUAGGACUGGACUGUGCUGGGAAGACCACUGUACUGUACCGCCUGCGUUUCAAUGAGUUUGUGAACACUGUCCCAACUAAGGGUUUUAACACAGAGAAGAUCAAAGUGUCACUCAGAGGCAGCCAGCGGACAGUAUCCUUCCACUUCUGGGAUGUGGGUGGUCAGGAGAAACUACGGCCUCUCUGGCGCUCUUACACACGUUGUGCUGAUGGUAUUGUGUUCGUGGUGGACUCAGUGGAUGCUGAGCGCAUUGAGGAGGCCAAGAUAGAGCUGCACAAGAUCACGCGGCUGGUGGACAACCAGGGCGUGCCAGUUCUGGUGGUGGCAAACAAACAGGACCUGAGGAACUCGCUCAGCCUAGCUGAGAUGGAAAGCAUGCUGGCUCUGGGCGAGCUCAGCACCGCUACAUCCUGGCACCUUCAGCCUGCUUGUGCUAUCAUCGGUGAGGGACUGCAGGAAGGUGUCGAGAAGCUGCACGCCAUGAUCACAAAGAGGAGCAAGAUGCUACGUCACCAGAAGAAGAAGAAGAGAUGAUGUGCUGACAAGGAACUAUAAAAAGUGAGCUACAUCUAAAGCUGCAUAAGAACUACUGUGAGUUGCGUACUGUCUGCUGGUCCAUUGAGACAAGUCGUUCAGUUGCCGUCUGAAGUCUGCUAAACGACUGAGCUGAUUUUGAUCCUUCCAGUGGAACUGUUUGUUCAGGUCAGCCAGAGUGUGGCUGCCACAGAGGACAGUGGGAUUGAUUUUGCCCUGUGGACUUUGGAUGCCAGCAAUCCUGUCAACAACAAGCGAUUCUAAAGGAAGUCCAGUGUUGUGCUAUACAGCAGCAAGGACGGAGUUUACACCAAACUCAUUAAAGCGGACAAUGAGCUGACUUGUCUAUUUUAUGUUGUUUGUUAAAAUAUGUGCUGCUUAUCUGUUCAAAAACAAUCAGUCUUUAUAUUUUUAUUGUACCAAAGCUUAAUUGUGUUGAGAUUGCAGACAGGACUGUAUUAAUGUAUAUAAAGAAUAAUGGUUCACAAAGAACAGGAUGCACAAUGGCCCUAAACAUGUAAACACUAUUGGAAUAGCUGUUAAUGAUAGAAACAAUUAUUAAGUUGUUUGGUAGUGUGCCAAAUGAUGAGACAUGAAAAGCGAAGAUAUUGUGGGCACAGCCACCCUGAUGGCAGAAGAUUAGGCUUCUUUCUACCAGGCGGAUUACAUACUGUCCCAUAUUAGCUAAUUGCAGAUACAUCAGUAUCAGUAUAUUUGUUGUGUAUUUGUAUCAAGUAAUGUCAGUACAGAUAUGCCAAAGAUAUGAUUCAGGAACUGAAACAUAAAAUGUUUAUGUUAAAAAGUGACAUCUCAUCAUCUGAUAUAUUGUUAUUGGAUUUUUUAACUGACAAAUAUUGUCAUCACCCUCAAAAAUCCAGUAUUGGUUCUGCUAUGUUGUUUAUUGUAUUCUAGCGGUAAAAGCUGUCAUCCACUCUCUGUUGCUUGUUACUAGUUAUCUGACAUUGGUGGAAUGUUUGCUUGCUAGUAAGGCUGAGUAUCAUUUGAAAAAUAUCAAUAAUAGUGCCAAUACAAUGACUAAGUUUCAAAACUUGCCCCUGUUGUUGCCAAUGAUUUGGCUAUUGUGCUUGGUACAUACUGUAUUAUAGUCCCAUUAUUCUUGUCAGAUUCUCAGUUCCCUGGCUUAUCUUUCACGAAGGACCAUCCUCAGUUCGCUAGUAAGCACGCUGAACUGAACGUUCGGCCUUGUUUUAGUUCAGUGAAUGGGAGUACAAUGUCAGAGCUCCAGUCGAGCACUAAAUAACUCAGUGAACACGUCUUUUGAACAAAUAUUUUUAAUGAACUAAUACUAAUGAUUCCAUACCCUGAAAAGGACAGCUUUGCCCAUCACUACUCACCAGGUCGAAGCCCAGUGGAACAUCUAUGUAAAACAAUGUUCUUCACCAUCAUCUCCAUUAGAUCUGAUUUUUGUUGUGUGUUCUUGCACUUUUUACAUAUUAAUUUGUUGUACAUCUGAUUGUUUGUUGUCAAACCUCUUCAACACUACUGAAGUCGCCUUUUUGCAACAACAGCAAUGUUACUUUCGCUUUCAGCCAAGCUUGUUGUUGCAGUGUGUAACGGAAUAACAUCAUUACGUCAAGAUGGAAUAUUUCCAUUAUCACUUGUUUAUUAUGAUAUGACGCACCCCUAAUAUACAUGAUAUAAAGUAUGUGGGUUUGUUGUCAGGUGUUGCUCUUCCACUCUGUAUUCAUAUUUAUGUGUUUGAUCCACUUUGCUCACUUGGAAUAAAGCAAUAAAAGGACGGUGAUGUA